CAGCAUAAAUGUUAAGUUUCUAACCACUCCAGGAAUCACUUAUUUAAACACACAAGCACACACUUUUAGCGAGGUCUGAUGAGUUUGUCUAAUAAUUUCUUUCCAAUAAAAAAAAUCAGUCAGAGAAGAUAGUACCCAUAAGAUAGUAAAAGUUCCCUGGGCGAGUCUCAGCUCUGGUCAGAACAAGGUGAAGUUUGUUCGUAUGCCGGGUUUUGUGGGUUUUAUUUUUUUAAUAUCUAAUAAAUCUGAAAGACUUUUAAAACAAUUACAAACUUUUUUCAAUAAAGAACUUGUUUUAAUCCUCUUAUUUGUUCAAGCUCAAGGAAUUUUUUUUUUCGUUCCAUCUUUAUGAGAAAUUUUGUCGAUCACCUACAUAUAGAAGGAUGUACUUAAUGUGAUACCAAACAACCUGGUUCUUGGUAGCCAGUUGAUCCACAAGUUACGGACAGUGGAUUUAUGAGAAAUGCGCUGGAGAUGUCUGGUAGAAUUGGCUAUUCAACCUCAAGAGGUCUUAAUCUACUGUGUCUCUGACUUCCCUAACUUGAGUUACCCUUAGUUGGUUAGUAAAUCCUGCCUCCGAGAUAGCGGUCCUGAUAUAGAUCUCUAUGUGUGCUGAUGCAACUGGCACCGCAACCAGCUAGAUCACCGUGAAGGCCCUUAAUGUCUUCAAAAGUAUGACCUUUAUGACAUCCAUAACUGACUUUAUUGUUGUCUUCAAAUUCAGCAAUACAAGAUUUAAAGAACGACUUGUCGUAUCACGUGCAAACGGUAAGUAAGCUAUCAAUGGGCCCCCAAAAGUGUCCCAUAUAUCAUCCGUUUCCAAUUGGAGAAGCUAGUACAGAGAGCGUGGUUGUCGUUCUGAAAACUCCGUUAGCUCACGUCACUCCGUCACACCGUGGAAUGUUGAACAAGCAGUAAGAACAAUCGUUCCCCAACGGUCCGAGUGAGUCAGGUUAAAGCGGAUAGUGUCAUUCUGUGCCACAACCUUGAUAAUUUGCUCGCGGUGGAAAUUGCUAUGCUCACCUAGAGUGCGAAGGUUUUGAGGUGUCCAAAACAAACAGUUUUGUUUGACUUACCCUGCUUGUCGGUAAGUCUAAAUAUGCCGACCAGCGGACGGUGAUAAGUUCCGCGAACCAAAACAGUGGUGGUCACCAAGCGUGAGGAAAUUCCAGUUCCAGCUGGUCAUUUAGUCUACAGCCCACCGAGAGAUCACAAUGCAGCAACGGGGACAGCGAUGGUUUCUAGUGCUAGCGGGAACGGCCGUGCUUCUUCUGGUGUCGGUCCACGUGGACGAGGUUCAACCGGCUUCAAUUUAUGCGCCCGAUUUCAACGACAGCAGUGACCACUUCCUUGAUCAGCAGCGAUCGUGCCGUGAUCUGUGCAGCUUCUGCCCAACCUGCAAUGGGUUCUACUGUGGUGAGGAGUGUAUCUGCGAAUGCAGCCAGGAUCCGACCGAACACGCCAAAUGUAUCGACCUGAUUAAGGCCAACAGUGAAAAGCUGGGCCUCGUGUACGAUCUCUUCAUUCAACUGCCACAGAAACGUUCCUCCCGUACACGAUUCGGCCGGCGUGCCAAAACGCCCGUAGGAUUUCAUAAGAUUCUGUUCUCCAACUUUGCCAUCAAACGGGUCGCGGUUUCGGAUGCGCCGGAACAGCUCGGCAGAACAGUGAUGGAAACCGAAACGAGUGAUGCUACGCUGCCUGUGACGCGACCUACGACGGUCAAGGAUUGGACGGAGGAGUCUGAAGUUAUGAACCUAACAUAAGGAACAUGCAGGAUACAGUUUUCUUGUUGCGAGAAGGUUUUCUAGUUUUACGGUUUGAUAUACUCCCUAGUGUUUAGAUUAAUAGUUACGGUUAAGGAAUAAAAGUUGAACAGUUACAUGGGAUUUUGUAACUCAGAAGAACGUACUGUUUUUUGUUUUUAAUUUUAGAACUCAUGAUGACAAAGUAAAACUCUACGUAAAAAACAUUUUAAAGCUAGCCGCCAUUACCAGCACCGGUGUUAAGCAAGCACGUGCUCCGCAAGAACUAAACUCUCCUUCUGAAACAUAUAUUCUCAACUAACGAUUCA